AUGGCUCCCCUUGAGCAGCAGUGGGUCAUUGUCCAGCAAAAGACCUUUACGAAAUGGCUUAACAGCAAGAUCUCCGCUCGCGGCCUGGUCAUCAAGGACCUGUGCACCGACCUUUCCGAUGGAACCCUCCUCAUCCACCUGCUCGAGAUCCUGUCCCAGGAAUCUCUCGGCAAAUACGCCUCGAAGCCCAAGCUGCGCGUCCAGAAAUUCGAAAAUGUCAACAAGGCGCUGGACUUUGUUAGGAAUCGGAGCAUCCAGCUGGUGAACAUGGGCGCGGAGGAUGUCGUCGACGGCAACCGUAAAAUCAUUCUGGGCCUGAUCUGGACUCUCAUUCUCCGCUUCACCAUCAGCGACAUCUCCGACCAGGGUUUGAGUGCGAAGGAGGGUCUGUUGCUGUGGUGCCAGAGGAAGACCGCCUGCUACGACGAGGUCGAGGUGCGGGACUUCUCUUCCAGCUGGAACGACGGUCUGGCUUUCUGCGCUUUGCUCGAUAUCCAUCGCCCCGACCUCAUCGACUACGACUCGCUUGACAAGAACGACCACCAUGGCAAUAUGAAGCUUGCAUUCGAGAUUGCUGCCAACGAGAUCGGCAUUCCGGACCUCCUUGACGUCGAGGACGUUUGCGACGUUGCCAAGCCCGAUGAGCGUUCUCUGAUGACCUACAUCGCCUACUGGUUCCAUGCCUUUUCGCAAAUGGAGAAGGUCGAGAAUGCCGGUCGUCGCGUCGAAAAGUUUGUACAAAGCAUGCAGGGUGCUUGGGAGAUGCAGAAUUCCUUCGAGCGCCGUAUGAGGGAGCUGCUGCGCCAGAUCGCGGAGCAAAAAACGGAGUGGGAAGCUGGCGAGUUCGAUGGAACCUAUGCCGAUGCGAAGCACCAAUCUGCACUUUUCACAAGCUACAGAAGGAGCAAGAAGCGGGAGUGGGUUGCAGAGAAGUCGGAUUUGACCAGCCUCUUGGGCAAUAUCAAGACCAAGCUCAGCACAUAUCGUUUACGCCCUUACACGCCACCGCCGGAGUUGAGUCUGGAGGCUCUGGAUCAAUCCUGGGCCGGACUUAUGUCAGCAGAACGCGCAAGAAGCUCCGUCAUCAACGAGACGAUCAGAGAUAUCAAAAAUGCCCUUCGCCGCUCAUUUGCUGAUAAAGCGAACGAUCUGGCGCUUGCUCUUAACACACUGUCUGUCUCUUUAUCAGGCCUCGAAGGUGACGUGGAAGACCAGCGGCAACACACGCAGAAGCUCAGCGAGAACGUGCAGCCUUUGGACCAGUUCUUGGACAUAAUUGCCAAAAUCGACCAGCAAUGUCAAGAGGCUAACAUCGAGGAGAAUGACUUCACAACAUACACAUACGACGAGCUUGAGUACGAGCUCGGAUUAGUGAAAGCAAGCGUCUCGAAGAAGCUUGCUUUCCUCGACAACCAGAUGGUGGCACGUAACAUGACCAAUUUGACACCCAUUCAACUGGAGGAGUUCGAAUCCGUCUUUAAGCACUUCGAUCGUGAUCUGAGCAACUCACUGACGGAGCUUGAGUUCUCGGCUGCGCUGGCCAGUCUCGGUCUCGUCUAUGACGAGGAGGAAAUGCACGAACAGUUCAUGGAGACGAGCGAGGGAAGUAAUUACGUGUCGUUCGAGCAGUUUAUUCGGUUCAUGGUCCACGAGACGGAAGACCAGAACAAUGCCGACCAGGUCUUUGAGAGCUUCAGAGAAGUUGCGGAUGGCAAGCCUUACGUCACGGAGAUGGAUCUCCGCCAUUCGCUCGUGCCGGACGAGAUCAUCGAAGACCUGAUCAAGCAAAUGCCAGAACACAAGGGCCCCGACUUGCAGGAGGACCGCGAACUGGCGAAGUACGACUACGUUACUUACAUGAACAACUUCAUUUCGGGCGGCGGCCGCGAGAUGGAAGGAGCUAAUGGAGACGCAUCUUAA